AUGGCUGACCUUUCCUAUGCCGUGCUGCCAACCCUGGCCGUUGGGAGUAGCGACGACCUCAUUUGCUGCAACUUGGGCUGCAGUCGUCGCGUUUCCCGGAAUGCAGCAAGUAGAGUCACCUGCGAGACUGGCUGGUCUCUCGAUGUCUGUUGCUGUAACGAGUCUUGCAAAGACGAAGGCCAAGCGCGUCACGACUUUGGAUGCGUCUGGCUGAAGAAGUACAGGCCCGUUCUUCCCCAGGAACCCGAUGCUCACGAUUACUACAUGCCUUGGAUCGUCGUCCUGCUCCUUGCAGCCCGGUACCUCGAGCUUCAGGGCACCACGCCAACCAAUCUCCACCAGCAGUCCACGUACCAAUAUUUCUUCGUUAGCGGCUGGAAGAGCAUCCAGCCCCUUAGAGACAACCGUGACUCACGGCCCCCAUCCCAAAUUCAACACUGGUCCACUCUGGCUGAAACGUAUCUGCUACAAGCCUUCUUCCUCCCACAGACCCUUGAUCUCGAUACCCUAUUCGACCUGAUCUGCGCUCAUGAAACAAGCGUCUCGGAAAAAAUUUUUUUCUAUACUAUGAUCAUCCCACAUCAAUCUCCGGGCGUCCAGCGCGGCAAGCAAUACGGCCCAGCUGUGUUCUUGCGGAUCACGCUCGCCAAUCACUCUUGCGCGCCCAAUGUGACGCAGCAAGUCGACGACCGUGGCCGAAUGGUGGUGACUGCGCUGGGGGAUUUUGAUACAAACAAAGAGUGCUGUACUCUUACUUUGACAUGUCUGAAUACGUUGACCUACAGGCACGUCGGAAGAAAAUCAGGAGUUGUUCACUUUCACGUGUACGUGCCCGAGGUGUUUGCAGGUGAACAGGUCCAAAAUUUGUAUGCGACCGAUGUCAUUGGAGAGAGUAAUGUGCUCAUGCAGGUGGGAUGCGUUUUGUGA